AUGGCGGACUCAAGACUAAACGUGGUUAAACGUGAAUCACCAUAUGGGCAAUCGCAGGACUUUCUGAAUAUAGACGAACCUCCUGCUGCCAAGGAAACUCCUGAUGUUUCCGAAUACGAUCUUUCUGAUGAUAAUGAACCAAGAAGCUUUGGAAAGGGCUACAAUAAUUACAACUAUGCUGAUAAAGCACGUUAUGGGACAUCACAAGCUCCAACUCGUGGUUUACGUCGGCGCUCUUCCAACUAUAUGGAUGCGCUGAAUCAGCAGUUGAGCGAGCGAUCAAAGGUCUCUGACAGUGAAUAUCCUAAUUUCGCAAGACGCAAAAGUUCAACGCUUGGAAUGGAUCCGCAGGAUACAAGGCACGAUCUAGAGACAAAGAUGGUUGGAAAGUGUAGUGACAAGUUCGAGUCUGUCCCAGCAGGUGACAGUUUUGAACAAACACGUAGAAAAGAUGCACCGUCGUUUUUCAAGGAUUCAUACCUGAAAGGUGAAAAACCGGAGAGACCAACCCUAUCCAAUCCCGAAAAUGGGGACUAUUACCGCUCUUCUUAUACUUCAAAGGGCAACCAGCAAUCGGGUUUAGAUCGCAGAAAAUCGUCUUUUGCUUAUGAGGACUAUAAAAAGGAUGUCUAUAACAAAAUGAACAUGUUCGACAAUGAUUGA